AUGUCGGACUCCCACUACCAGCGUGACAAUGGGCGACCGAGGGCGAGACCGAGAUCACCUAGUGGGCGCGAUAGCCCUGAACAUUACGCUAGAGACCCCCGGAGUAAGGACAGUCAGCAUGACCGACGCCACAAGCGCAGUCGGUCGCGCAGCCAGGAACGUCCUCGGAAAAGAAGAUCAGUGACACCAGAGCAGAGGUACAGCAGACAUAGAUCAUCAAGCCCAAUCUAUAAGCCGCGAAGAAAUGAAUCGAGAAGCCCAGAGUACAGGAACGGCGCUCGCGCGUCGCCGAGACCCCAAUCAAGAAGCAGAGACGCCCGCAACGGCCACCAUCGAGGAGGGGACAGACGUAAAGACGACCACCACCACCGCCGUCGACCACACUCACGGUCCCACUCGCCGAAGCCGCUCGAGCGCUCACGCGGCCCUCUUCCGUCACAAAACGAUGCCUUCACCGGCGUCGACAGCGACACCUACAAGGACAAAGAUGGCAACGUGCAGAAAAAGGAAAAGCCCAACUGGGCGCCCACGGGACGGUUAGCUGCCGCCGCCAACACCAUCCGCACCGCCAAUCGGUCCAUCGUGCUCAAGUUCCAUGAGCCGCCCGAGGCACGGAAGCCGCCCGCGUCGCAGCCCUGGCGGAUGUACGUCUUCAAGGGGGACGAGAUCCUGGAGACGAUCGAGCUGGGGAGCCAGAGUUGCUGGCUGUUCGGCCGGGAGCCGGCGGUGUGCGACGUGAUGCUUGAGCAUGGGAGCUCGAGUAAGCAGCAUGCGGUGUGGCAGUGGCGGUGGCGGGAGGAGAGGGGGGAGUGGGGGGAGAAGAAGGGCAGGGUCAAAGGCUAUGUGCUGGAUUUGGAGAGCGUCAAUGGUACCACGGUCAAUGGGGUUGAUAUUGGGAAGGCCAAAUACUAUGAGGUGAGGAAUGGAGAUGUAGUAAAGUUUGGUCACAGUGAAAGGGAGUAUUUGGUGCAGCUACCGCCAAGGGAAGACAAGAAAGACGAGGGCGGUACGGCAGGUUAG